AUGUCAUCCAACGCCUCCACCUACUCCAACCCCUUCGCCGUCGACCCUGCCGAGAUCCGCGACAUCAACGUCCAUGCACGCGUCCCCGUGAUCCUCGAUGCCUCCAACUCCACGUACUUCGCGUGGAAGACGUACUUCACGCUGCUCUUCCGCGAGAACAAUCUCGUGGAUCACGUGGAUGGCACCGUGGACUCCCGCUCCAUGGUGGACGCCGCCGAGUGGACCGUGAUCGACGUCACGAUCAUCUGGUGGUUCUUCACCACCAUCUCCAAGGACUUGUUCCACACGGUCGUGAGCGCCGGCGACGACGCCCGCGCCAUGUGGGUCAAGCUGAACGGCCUCUUCACCGACAACAAGCUUCAGCGCCGCGUUUUUUUGCAGCAGGAAUUUUUUGACUGCCGCCGCCUGAAGACGUUGGCGGAUGAGCUCCGUGACAUUGGAGCCAAGGUGGACGACGACCUCCUCCUCAGCACGCUCACCACCGGCCUCAACGAGGACUUGGCAACGCCGCCUCUAACCUCACCUUGA